CUACAUACAUGCACUACGUACGCGUGUGCGAGAUGUGUAAGCGCAAACGGAACAAAGCCACGUUAAGCUGGUUGCGAUUGGUGUGUUGCAGACACGAGGUGCCUGUCACCUCGGAGCCGAUCACGGUGAUACACAUGGACGAGGACGUCGUCGUGGUCAACAAGCCCGCCUCCAUCCCUGUUCAUCCAUGCGGUCGUUAUCGGCACAACACCGUGGUUUUCAUCCUGGCGAAGGAAUACAAUUUGAAGAAUCUCAGAACUAUUCACAGGCUGGACCGGUUGACCAGCGGCAUUCUCCUAUUCGGUAGAACGCCGAAGAAGGCAAGGCAGAUGGAGCACCAAAUAAGAAAUCGACAGGUUCACAAACAGUACGUGUGCCGAGUGGAGGGUGAGUUUCCUGAGGAGGAGGUGAUCUGUUCGGAGCCAAUCGAAGUCGUCUCCUACAAGAUCGGUGUCUGCAAGGUCUCCGAGAAAGGCAAAGAUUGCGUCACCCGCUUUAAGCGUCUCAGCUACAAUGGCAAAUCGUCGGUGGUGCUGUGCAAGCCACAGACCGGACGCAUGCACCAGAUCCGCGUCCACCUGCAGUACCUCGGCUAUCCCGUGGUGAACGAUCCUCUUUACAAUCACGUGGUCUUUGGGCCGCAUAAGGGAAAGGGCGGUAAUAUUGGCAAGACCGAUGAGGAACUCGUCCGAGAUCUCAUCAGCAUUCAUAACGCCGAGAAUUGGCUCGGUAUGGACGGCGAUUCUGAUAUGAGCCUGUUCAAGCCGAAACUGGAAUUGGAGGAACGCAUGCUGGGCUCCGGCAAUGACAAGGACAACGGCUCCUCGCCAUCAUCCACCCCGGGUUUGGUCGAGGACGAACAGCAGCAACAACCGCAGCAACAGCAGCAGCAACAGCAGCAGCCGCAACAGGAAUCCCUCAAAGUCACCGUGGGAACGCAGACAGGCUCGGAACCGCCAGAUUCCACUUUCGCCAACGACAAGGUCACUGUUGACCCGCACUGUUACGAGUGCAAAGUCAAGUAUAGGGACCCGAAGCCGUCAGAUCUGGUGAUGUAUCUGCACGCGUGGCGUUACUGCGGUCCGGGAUGGGAGUACGAAACGCCGCUACCCGCGUGGGCGGCGAGCGAUUGGACCGGCGACGAUCGAUAGUUCAGACACCGUGAUCGAAGACGAUCCGCACGGAUUCCUUGGCGAGCAGUCGUCGUCGUUGUCGUUGUCGUCAUCGAGUCUCAACCCUCUUUUUUGAUAUCCUUACCCCGUGCCUUCCAUCCGCCAAUGAGCGAUCUUGACCAUCGUACGCAAACAAGUACAUGUAGACGAAUACGCAUACAUGCAGACAUAUACACACAGUAGACACAAACGUGCAUCCCCUUACAACUUGGCCGUCGGACUUUCCGGGAUGCUGCGAUCCGAGAGAAAUGGAGAUUGCUGGAACAAUCUCACGUCGCUCGAUAUGUACAUUUCUGCAAACUCGUUGUCGAUACGUAAGCGACAACUUGGCGUUAUAAUGAAGCGAUUCCGACGGGUCACCGUUUAUGCGCAGAAAUUCACGCUCGUUCUCUCGCGACAAAUUUGCCC